AAGGUUGAAAACUCCUCUCUCUCUCUCUCUCUCUACUUUGAUACUGUUCAAACCCUAGCUCUCACCAAUCUUCUCCUGCUCUCUCUACAAGAAUGGCAAACAACGGUCGACCCGAACCAGAACAAUCUUCUGAGGAAGAAGAAGAAGCUUCAUCAGAAGAGAACGAAGAUCAAGAAGACUCUGAAUCUGAACAAAACCAACUCAAGAACACUUCAUCAAAAAAACCCCUAUCGUCUCUGAAGAAACCAGUGAUCGCUCAGACCUCAACACCAAAACCCCAAUCUUCAUCUGAAGACGAUUCAGGCUCCGAAUCGGACUCUGAAUCGGACCCCCCUCCCACCAAUCCUCGCAUCAAGCCUCUUGCUUCGAAACCCAUGGAAGAAGAUCCACCCAAAGCUACUAGGAAACCUAGAUCCAAGCCUGGUCCGGCGAAGUCUCCAGCGAAAAGGCCUGCGCCGAGCGAGAACAACAGCAAUCAGGAAUCGAAGAGGGCGAGGAAGAAAGCGGUGGAUUCUGAUGUGGUUGUUCAAGAGGACUCGACCAAGAAGACUGGUGAUGAUACGAAGAAGCAAUUGUUUCAGAGGCUGUGGAGUGAAGAGGAUGAGAUUGUGAUUUUGAAAGGUAUGAUUGAAUAUACUGCGAAAAAUGGGUCUGAUCCACUCGCUGAUAUGAAUGCUUUUUAUGAUUUCAUCAAGAAAUCGCUGCACAUUGAUGUUAGCAAGACCCAAUUGUCUGAAAAAGUGAGGAGGUUGAAGAAGAAGUAUGAGAACAAUGCUAGCAAGAGUAAAAUGGGCGAGGAUCGGACUUUUUCAAAGGCUCAUGAGCAAAAAGCGUAUGAAUUGUCAAAAAAGAUAUGGUUUGGUGGAGCUAAUUCUGUAGGUGUUGAUAGUCCAAAGGUUAAUGGGAAAACAAGGAAGAAUCAGAGUCAAAGAGCUAUUGCAGCUUCGCCAAAGGUUGAUAGUGGGAAGGAAGAAACAAAGAUGCAGGUUGAGCCAAGUGCCGGGGUGUUGCGGUCAAUUGGGUUUAAUAGUAGCACUGGGCAGUCAAGUUUGGAGGGUGGGAUUCUAAAGGAUGGGUUCCAUCUGAUUAGCGGUCCUAAGAAGUUAGAAUUGGAGGAGAAGUGGAAGAAGCUCGCGGUUGAGGAAGUCGAGCUCUUUUUGAAGCGAACGCAGUUGAUUUGCGAGCAGACAAAAGUGGUAUUGGAAGCAAUAAAGUCAUCAGAUCAUUAGGACGGAGUUGAGUUGUGAGCAGACGAAACUGGUAUUGGAAGCACUAUGAGAUCAUUAGGGUUCUAGGAAGGUAAAUUAUAGCUUUGGUUGAUACAGAAGACUAGGGUGUUUGGUUAAUUGUUGUGUUUUUGUUUAUGUUAGUGUUUCAUGUUUAACUGUUUAUGGAUUUGUGGUAUUUAUGUUUUGUAGAUAACAAUAUGCUCAGCUGCAAUGGGAGUAUACUCUCAUUGCCAUGCAUGAACCCUUUCGUUUAGUGCCUUUGAAGUUGUUUGUUUGGAUUGAUUUUCUGUUAUAGACUAUUAGAAUUGUAGUAUUUGCUCUCUGUA